UUCCGUGCAGUACUCAGAGCGUAGCACAUUGCUUCGCUUGUAAAAACACAAGGACAUUUGCGAAUGUUUCGCGUUAUUUUAACAAUUUUAACUGUUUUAGUUUAUUGCUAAAGACUCGUUCCGUUGUUUUUCUCCACCGUGAACUGGAAGAUGCCUCCCAAACCUCUGGAGCCUCUGGCCAAAAAACUCAUGAAGGGAGUGAUCGCCCUGGAGCUGCUGGCCGUCUUCGGAGUGUACGGUCUGUUCCACAAGAUGAACGCCAGUCGAGAUUUCAGGAACACCAUGAGUCGGAGGUUUCCAUCAGUUCUGGAAGUUUACUACCAGUCCAACGAGUGGGCGGGGGUCUAUGGCAUCCGGGAGAGGGACCACGAAGCCUGGUCAGCCAAACAGGACUGAAAGUGGCCAUCAGUUUAAAAGUCCACAAACACAUGGCGCCUGCUACUUCUUCC